AGUAGCAAUUAGUUAAGAAUAAUAGUGUAUCGAGUUUACGUGAGAUAUAUUACUUUCUUGCAAUAUCAUCUAAACUGUUGCAGUUUACGCACUGUCUUUUGAGAGACCAACGCUAACAGAUACAGACGACAGCAACCCCAUCGGCAUUUGAGCAAAAGUAGCCGUAGCUUUCGCAUGACAAGGGGUUCGGCACACAUCUCUCCAAGAAAAACGACACCAACAGCAAGUCCUUACCCGUCAGUGGCUGACAAGCAGCAGCAUUUGUUCCUGCUCUUCUCUGGGACGGCUGCGCUCAGUCACCUCUUAAACUAUACAGUGUCCACGAUGACUCCGUCGGAGUCACUGCUGAGCGAGACGAUGUGCCUGAGCUUGGUACGAAUUUGAGAGAGAAGAAUGCACUUGUUCUGCCGAGUGUGUGAUCUGCACUGAAGCUGCAGCAUGGAGUUUCAUGAUGAUAAUAACAACAUUGGGAUAAAACUUCUACUGAACCACUUGGACAUGGAGAAAGUUCUUGAGCUGUUUCAGAACCUUUACCCAGACGAGGAGGAAGAGGAGGAGGCAGGGUCCAGUGAGGAGGGUGUCUCGCAAGAAGAGGAGACAGACCAGGAGUCAGCAGGGACACACACGCCGGACGUGUUUGACCAGACGACAUGUCCGCCAGGCCAAGAAGGAGAUGUGCAAUACGGGAACGUGACUGAUUUGCUGGCCUUCAUCAGUCGGAUCUCAGGCACAGCACAUGGGGUUCAGGCACCCUCUCUCGUACACCUGAACAAUGAGACAGGGGUGCUUCUUAACAAGAAAGACAUGAUCGUUCAGAACGGCCACUAUCGCCUCGACUCUGAGGUGUCCCUGUUUCCAUGGAAACGCAACUACAGGAGUGUUGACUCGGCCCACAUUCCCAAAGGUGCCUUUGGGAGAGUUCACUUGGCUGAGGACUGUGUCACACGCAAGCGCAUGGCCUGCAAGCUGAUCCCACUAGAGCACUUCAGGCGCUCAGACGUGGAGAUCCAGGCGCGCUUCGGCCACGAGAACGUGGCGCAGCUGUUUGGGGCAGUCCUGAAGGAGCGCACGCUGCACGUGUUCAUGGAGGCCGGCGAGGGCGGCUCUGUGCUGGAGAAGCUGGACAGCUGCGGCCCCAUGCGAGAGGCCGAGGUCAUCUGGGUCACCAGGCAGGUGCUCCAGGCCCUCGAGUACCUGCACGGCCACGGGGUCAUCCACCACGACAUUAAACCGAGCAACAUUGUGCUGAUGUCAGCUAAAGCCGUGCUUGUUGACUUUGGCCUGAGUGUACAGAUGACUGAAGAUGUGUACAUUCCCAGAGAUCUGCGAGGCACCGAGAUGUACAUGAGUCCAGAGCUGGUUCUGUGUGGAGGCCACGACACAAAGACGGACAUCUACAGUCUGGGCUCCACUAUGAUCCACAUGCUGACGGGCAGUGCUCCUUGGGUCCGCAGGUUCCCCCGCACAGCCUACCCUUCCUACCUGUACAUAAUUCAUAAAUAUGCACCUCCUCUGGAGGAGGUUCCAGAUUCCUGCAGCAACCCCUUGAGGUCAGUCCUGCACAGCGCGCUACACAGGAACCCCGCUCUCAGAAGCUCCGCCUCCCAGCUGCUGCAGCACCACGCCCUGCACCCCACAACCAAUCAGACGCGCUACAACAGCCUAGACUCCGCCUUAGGGGAGGUGGCUCGACCAUUUCUCUCACAAUGCAGCCACACGUCCGACACAACACAGGACUCCUCCUUGAACUCUGAAGACUGGAGUCCCAGUAAGAAGGGGGGCUCCCUGUACCUGGAUCUGGGAGCUUUGGCUGGGUACUACCACUUGGUGAGGGGCCCCCCCAGCGCAGAAUACAGUUAGAGUGCUUACGAACACACACACACAUGAACACACAUACACUCAUUUCAAUGCUUUUAUUUGGAUCUUAACACAAGGGAAGAAUUACAGAUCCAAAUAUUGAUGGACAUGUUCUUCAUGCUCUCUGCACUAGUGGUUAUGGAUAAACAUGGCAUUGUUGUUUCCAAAUGGAUACACUACCUAUUAUGGCAGUACAUGUAUACCAAUGAUUGAACAAUCUGUGUAUUGUACUGUUGAUGUUGUUCCCAUGGAAUAUGUAUACAAACAUAUAAUUACCAUGUAAAUGAUUUUAUUUGAUUUUAUGUGAGCUGGGGAUAGAUAGAUAUUUAGACUGGGUUCACAGUCCUCUGUGUGGGAUUCUCAAGCCUUUUGUGUGUGAAAUUCUCUUUUGUAAAAGUGUUACUCUUUCCUUAUAACCGAAUGAAAAUGAACCGUUACUGCACGGGGACGGAAUUAAACUGAUGCUCACUCA